CCUUGCCGUCUGGUUCCCGUCCUUGCCCACAAAUGCCAAGGAGAGAGUCCCUUUAUUAGUGUGUAGGGCCAAGCAGGGCCUACUUGCCAAAUCCAUUGUGCACCAGAGUGACGUUGCCCCAGAGAAAUCCUUACUAUCCGAUAGAUUUGGUUAUAAAACUCUGCCUUGAUUUGUUCUCUAUUGGGGGAGAAAACAUAUGCCUGUUAUGGAAUCCUGACAGUUGAAAAGGACAUCAGCCUGAUCCUAAUUAUCUUUCAUAUCUUUUCUUUCCUCUCUAAAUAUAUCUUUGAUUCCAAGAAAUUGAAAAGAAUUCAUUCAAUUAUAUAGUAUGCAAUCAAUUAAAUGCGGGUCUUUGAGGAGGAGGGUUGAAAUAGUGAAGGCGCCGCACUGAGUACUUUCAGAUUUUCUUCCAACAGGACCCGUGUGUGUAGCAGUUCCAGGAAAAUCAGAAUAAAGUUCCAAUCAUUUGUAUCGAUCUGGACGAUUCUUGCAGGUCUUGCUUUGCCGCAGUAUAAUUAGUUUUGGCAGCUGGUGAGAUUGCGUGAUCGAAUCCUGGCGGGUGGUCGAGGUUUAUAAAAAUGCGGAAACGUGAGAGGGAGAACCCGUGUGCAAUCUGCUUGCAUUAUCACAAGUUCGAAGAGGGGGAGGCGUGUGGGGUGUGCGGGCAUCGUAUGCAGGGCGCCAAUGAGAAGUCGUCCCAAAUGCCCAGCGCCUUCCCGACCGAGGUUUUGCCCGCCUUUCUCUAUCUUGGUAGCUACGACAACGCCUCCCGCGCCGAGCUCCUCAAAGCCCAGGGAAUUGCCAGGAUACUCAAUACAGUGCCUGCUUGCCAAAAUCUUUAUAAAAAUUCUUUUACUUAUCACUGCCUCAAAGAAGAGCAAACCUUACCUUUCAACGAAGCUGUUGAAUUCAUUGAGCAAUGCAAUAAAGACAAGGUUCGAGUACUUGUACACUGCAUGUCAGGGAAGAAUAGAUCUCCUGCUAUUGUGAUUGCCUAUUUGAUGCGAUACAAGGGAUGGAGACUUCCUGAAAGCUAUCAGUGGGUAAAGGAUCGAAGGCCUUCAAUUAACUUGACUUCAGCUGUGCUUAAACAAUUGCAAGAUUAUGAAAAGGAAGUGUUUGGGGAAAAUUCUUCAUCAACCCCAAUUUUCAUGACUCCAAAUGGUCUGGCAUUUGGGUUUGGAUAUGAAAAUAACACACAGGCUGCAGCUUCUCCUCCAACGUUUUUCCAGCCUAUAGCCAAUCCAAUUUUUGAUCUUGGUGCAGCAAAUUCUCAAAGUCCUGGGAGCUUUGUUUUUGGAUCUGGAAGACAAGAUCAGCAGAUAAGUAAUACACCUUUGGGUAGCAUAGAUGGAACUCCAAUGGAUAAUAGUAUGGAUAGCACUUGAAACUUGUACGUGCAUUUAUAUACCAUACAUUGUCAAUUACACUAUUGUGACCUGAGUCAUUGAGAAAACAAUGUAUAGCUACACUUUUAUAUUCAGUUUGAAGAGUACAUGCCAUACAUAGGAUCGCUGAUAGGACCUGUCUCAAAUUUCUGAUAUAGGUUGGUCAUUUGUUUGUAGUGGCACCUCAAUUGUUGGCAUCAGUAACUGGGUAAAUUAUCUCAGGAUUCCUGUUAAAUGUAUACCUUCGGAUCAGGCAAUGAGCCUUGGUGAGUUCAACUAUAAACUAAAGAUGGCACUUACUUUGGCUUGUUUGCAAUAUGUUAUCAUUUACAUUGUUAAUAGAUUCAUAUGUUUUUGAA